ACAGACUUCACUGGCCUCAGCAGAGGAGCCUGACAAGUGCUUGACUGUUUACGACCCCGUAUGCGACAGUCGUGGUGGUUUAUACUUCGUUUUGCUGCCGUCAGUUCCAGUCCAGACUUUCAAGAGACUGGCUCGGGUGUCGGCCUUUGGCCUUUGUGUUGUGAUUAACUUUAUAACAGUACCAGAAAUAGGGCCCGUCGAAGGAUUUGUAUAUUCAUUGCAUCUUUCACCCACCGUUGCGAACAUGAUGAAAAUCUAUAAAGUAUUCGCUCUCAUCGUUCUAGUUCUUGUCAUAGGAAUAUCACUCGCUUGUGAAUUGGACCAAAUGCAUCAAGGAUGUCGAAUUGUGAAUGCACAAUGUAGCUGUGGGUACGGUUGCAAAGCCGAAUAUAGGUACAACAAUGCUGAGGACUGCAGACUUGCGUUACGAGGUCGCCGAAAUGAUAAAUGUUAUCGAAGACCUUGCAAACACGGAGGUUCCUGCCUUCAAAUAUCACAACACCCUGGCUUUAAAUGUCAGUGUGAAGGCACCGGAUUCUUUGGUGCUCUAUGUGACAAGGCUUGCCCGGGUCCACAAAACUUGCUCACCCGCGGACCUUUCCCGUACGAGUGUGUUGUGAUUUAAUUUCUUUCUAUUACUACUUACCUGUGUGUAUAUUCAAUGAAUAAAUAUUAUUAGGAAUCCAA